AGAACAUGAGGCACGUGUUGUCUGUGGCAGAAGCACGUGAACCAAGAUGCUUUUGUUUUCAAUCGAGAAGGAAAGACUCCCAAGUGGAAGAGGAGAGGGCAAAGCGAGGACCUUUUUGUCUUCCCAUUGCUUUUCGAAACUCGCUCCUUGUGAUUCCUUCUCGCAGAUCCAAGACUUGGGCUAAGAUCUACCCGGAUCCGAAUCAUGUCAACGGGUCGGAUCCAGUGAUCUGGCAUUUUAUAAUUGAAUGUGUGUUUGUUCGACGUAAAGUUUUUCCUGGAGGAUUCAUCAAUGGAGGAACCAGGAAUCUCUCGUCGUCCGAGUAUUUACUACAGACCGAUAAACCCUAAUGAUCUUGAUCGUUUGGAGCAGAUACACCGAGAUAUCUUCCCCAUCAAGUAUGAGUCUGAGUUUUUUCAGAGUGUUGUGAACGGAGUUGGUAUCGUCUCAUGGGCUGCUGUUGAUCGUAGCCGGCCUGAUGGUCACUGUGAUGAGCUCAUCGGUUUCGUUACUGCCAAGUUCGUGCUUGCCAAAGAAAGCGAGAUAGAUGAUCUAAUAUGUUACGAUUCCUCUCAAGGAGAGGAGACUUUGAUCUACAUCUUGACACUCGGAGUUGUAGAAUCUUACAGAAACCAUGGAAUAGCAAUGUCACUCAUUAGUGGGGUGAUUAGAUAUGCGUCUGGUUUAUCUUUAUGCCGAGGAGUUUACCUUCACGUGAUUGCAUACAACAAUCCUGCAAUCCGUUUGUAUAACAGAUUGAUGUUCAGAUGCGUGCGAAGGUUAAACGGAUUCUAUCUCAUCAAACGACAGCAUUUUGAUGCCUUCUUGUUUGUUUACUUCGUCAACGGUUCUCGAUCUCCUUGCUCCCCCUUAAGAAACAAUUUGGGAAAUGGUUUUUGCAGAGAGGUUGCAAUGUUUGUUGUGAAUUAUAUGAAGAAUGGAAUCAAGUCGGUAGCAUCUAAGCUAACGAGGAAAGAGGAGAAAGGCUUGAAAUGGCUGGUUCCCAAAGACACGGAUUGCGUCUUACCCACGCAAACCGAACCUAACCUCGGAUCAUCAUCUUCCGGGUACGGAUUAAUUUAAUUCGAAUUUAUACUGUAUGUUCGAUUCAUUUGCUUUCUGUGUAAUAAAAUGUACAACGUCCUAAACUUGUAUAUCCAUCCAUCAUCAUCACUACAUAUUAAUGGAGUGGUGGAAAGUUCUUAAAAUUUUCACCGCCCGUUUUAAAAUAGUCAGCUUUGUUUGAAAA